UUAAACCAUUUAGUGCUUUGUAGUACCGACUGCGACCACCGGGGGCGCUCACGGCUUUCUCCUGUCUUUAUAAAGACCACAGAAAUAAGCUUUCAGGAAGUGCAGAAGUUGUUGUGAAAGCUGACUGAGAACAAACAAUCUAAAGUGAUGGCUAAACCCAGAAUAUCUUCCAUUGAUGGCAAAUUAGCCGAAGAAUUUGCCGUUCCCUCCCAUGUCGAGGAGGUCAAAGAGAAGAUGUCCGCUUUCGCCAGGCAUCACGCGGACGCAGGUCGUAGGGUGGUUCUCAUCACAUCAGGAGGCACCAAAGUCCCCCUCGAGUCCCGCACCGUUCGCUUCCUGGAUAACUUCAGCAGCGGCAGACGAGGAGCCUCCUCGGCAGAGUAUUUCUUAGACUCGGGCUACGCUGUCAUCUUCCUACACAGGCACCGCUCCCUCUACCCCUACGCACGCAUGUUCUCCACCAUAAACAUGCUGGAUGCCCUGAAGUUCAGCGGCGGGGAAGAAGGAGCGUCCGGUAACUCUGGCGAAGUGGUGGUUAACCGGCAGGUGCUGCCCAACAUCGCCAAAGCACUGACGCGAUACCAGGAAGUGAAAGAAGGCAACUUCCUUCUGCCCAUCGAGUUCAGCACGUUGUCGGAGUAUCUGCAUCUGCUCAAAGCGGCCGCACAGGCACUCAGCACAAUAGGAUCCAAGGGCAUGUUUUACUUGGCUGCAGCGGUGUCUGAUUUCUAUAUCCCAGCAUCUGAGAUGCCUGAGCACAAAAUCCAGUCUUCCAACGGACCUCUUCAACUCAGCUUGAACAUGGUCCCUAAGAUCCUCUCCCCGCUGGUGAAGGACUGGGCGCCUCAGGCUUUCGUCAUAUCUUUUAAGCUGGAGACGGAUGCAACCAUCCUGCUGGACAAGGCUCGGCGGGCUCUGGACACCUACAGGCACCAGGCGGUGGUGGCCAACGUGCUGGACUCCAGACGGGGUUACGUGAUGGUGGUGACCCCCGAGACUCAGGCCGAGCUGAUCAUAACCGACGAGGAUGCGAAGAACAACGUGGAGAUAGAGGAGAGGAUAGUGAGCAACCUGACGUCAGCACACAACAAGUUCAUAAGUCAACAAGGGUGUUGACAGGAAUCAUCUACGCUGCAUGUUUUGAGUCAAUGACGCCAGCUGGAAGUUGUCGUCUGUGCUCUUACCCGGUCCUGAGCUUGAGUUUGGCUGAAAUUAAUAGUUCCCUGUUCUGCUGACAAGUUACUGUAUAUUCAGUAUGCUGUAUGGUUGCAUAACCUUAGUAACUAUAAACACAUCAUGCUUUCCCUUGCUCUUUUAAUGUGCUCUGAAACCGGGUCUCUGAGCUUAUUGUGUAUAACGGUAUAAUGGUGGGUGCAGGGUUAUUAUCGUAAACGGUAACUAAAACCUAAACAAAAAUAUGCUGUGAAAAAUAUUGUCGGUAAACUGAAACUAAAUAAACUAUAUAAAACUAAA